GUAUGGUUAAAAAAUCAGAAAAAGAAGUUUCAACAAAGGAGCAAAAUCUCUACCAAAAACUCCAACUCAUCCAAAGUGAAAUUAAAGAACUCAUUCGCACGGAGGAAAAUAAAUUUCAAAAAUAUAAAUUUUUCAACGAAUUGCAAGUGCUUAAAUUAUUGAGACCGUUGCUUGAAAAAUAUAAGUUGACCCUGCUAUUAAGCGAUGACACCAGCCAACCUCUCAUCCACGAAAAAGAGGGCAAGGAACAUUUUAUCAAAUAUCUGAAAAAAUUAGAAAUAGUGGAUGCCGAGAACCCAGAUCAACGUUUAUUGUUUAAUUUUUGGGCGGUGGGUAGCAAUGUCGAUCUAGCCAAAGCCAAAGGUUCUAGUGAAACUUAUGCUACUAAAUAUUUGUUGAGUAAAUUUUUUUUGAUGCCGGUAAAAGAUGAGGCUGAUCCGGAUUAUGGACGGGAGGAGGAGAAAGAGGAACCAAAAAAAGAAAACUCGCCUGCUUCCUCAGUUCCCAAUAUGGAGCAAUCCUUGACUGAAUUAGCCAAACAGACUCAGACCAUUAGUGUUAAACAGGUGGAUGAUUUAGUGAACUUGUUAAGACAAAAGGUUAAGAUAAACAAAGAAAUUCAAACUCAAUUUUUAACUGAGUUAGACCAGCAAUUAGCUAAAAGGGGUGUGGAAGGGACUACUAAUGCUGGUAAUUUUAGAAAGAAAAAUAAUAUGGGAUUUAAGAAAGCGAUUAGCACUCGCACUAAAUACAAAAAAUCAUUUAUAUCCAUGCCAAGAAAAAAAUUAUCCCCUAUCCAUCCGGGCGAAAUCUUGCGAGAAAGAUUACUAGUUCCGCGGGAUAUCAGCCCCCAAGAAUUAGCCGCUGCCUUAAAAGUUCCCAAAGAGCAAAUAAAAUGGGUGUGUGAAGAGAGGGCCGACAUUACUCCGGACUUAGCCGCCCGCUUAGCUCUUUAUUUUGACAGCACAAGGAAAUUAUUCCUUAUAGAGCAAGGAGAGGAAGUUCUAAAUAUGCCAUUGCCAACCAUUAGAAAGAAAUUCAAGAAAAAUGUCCGAGAAUACAUGGAAGCAAAUGCGAGGGAUAAAAGAGAUUUUAAUAUGUUUGCCGCGGAGAAAGGGGCCGUAACUUCUUUGCGACUAGAAUUAAUUCAAGGCACCAAAAAUCAUUAUAGUAUUAGAACUGGUGGACCUUGGAGGAUAUUUUUCGAGCAGUGGCUUUAUGGAAGUGAUUCUUGGAAAUCACUGGCCCUAGUGGAAAAGGAAAAACUCAAAGCUGAGGAAGCAGGAGAAAUCCUACGAGUAAUUGAAGAGAGUGGGAUGGGAAAAAGGAAAAAAGAGGAGAGGGUGGUGAGGAAGAAAUCAGCCCGGAUUAAGGAUAUUAAAGGGAGUUUGAAGAAGUAUGGGUUGAAAGUGGAACCUAUUAAGGAGGAGGAUUUGAAGAAGUGGGAUAAGAUGGAGAAAGGGAAGAAAAAAACCAAAGAGAAUAAAUUGCCUGUGAUAGAAGAAAAAGAUUUGGAUCAAGAGAAUCAGGAACCAAAAGAGGAAGAAUUAAAA